GGAGGGGCCCCGGGGCCGGGAGGCGCGGGUCGGUGUGUAGCGGGAUGGGGGCGAAAACGCUGGGGUUUCCAGAAACAAGGGGAGUAGAGCAAAAGAACGGGCGGGGGCCAUGCUGUGUGUAACAGGCAGAGGGAUGGGGCUCCUGGAAGAGGUGAAGAAGAGGAGGAGAGAUGCCAGAUGUACACAGAAAGGAGGGGAAGUGGGCUUGGGAGCGGUGCCGUGGGAAGCGGAGUCCCGGGGCCUGGUGUGCAUAACGGGGUUUGGGAGAAGGCCCCUGGUGGGUACAGAAAGAAGUAACGAUAUCACCGCCAUAUAUAGGGGCGGGGGAGAAAAGGGGGCCCUUGGGGAGAAUGUAGCAGGUAGCCAGGUUGGGAGGGCGGGGUAUACAGAAGGAAGGCAUUUGAGUCAUCUUGGGGUGUAUAGAUGUAGUGAGAUGAUGGGUUCCGUUGUGACUUGCGGUGGCUAGACUUCGAGGUGCUAAGUGUAGGAACAGGAUGGAAAGGCCCUAGUGAAAUGUGGGGAAUUGGGUUAGUGGGGCUCUGGGGAGGUACCUAGAGAGGAAGUGAGGGAGGCCACGGAAUAUGAAGAUGGGGCGGCCCUGCGGCAUGUAGUGGGGAUGGAGCCCCAGCAGGGCCUGGAGGCCGAUGCGGGGGCUGGUGGGGGGGGGGGUGCGGCAGAGGGAGGGGAAGCAACCUGAACUGGGGCUGGGCAACAGGGAAAGAAGAAACCACAGAUUAGAGAAAUCUCGGCGAUCAGCAGGGCCGGGGUGUGAGAUGUAAAGAGCUGCCGCUCCAGAUGCUGCUGCUGCCGCCGCGGCCACCCCACCCUCGGUCCUCCUCUCCGGAGGCCAUGGACCCACCGCCCCCCAAGGCUCCCCCUUUCCCCAAGGCGGAAGGCCCUUCCUCCUCUCCUUCCUCGGCGGCGGGGCCCAGACCCCCGCGGCUGGGCCGCCACCUCCUCAUCGACGCCAAUGGGGUCCCCUACACAUACACGGUGCAGCUGGAGGAGGAGCCCCGGGGCCCGCCCCAGCGCGAGGCGCCCCCAGGAGAGCCCGGCCCUCGCAAGGGCUACAGCUGCCCGGAGUGCGCCCGUGUCUUUGCCAGCCCUCUGCGGCUGCAGAGCCACCGCGUGUCGCACUCGGACCUCAAGCCCUUCACGUGCGGCGCCUGCGGCAAGGCCUUCAAGCGCUCCAGCCACCUGUCGCGGCAUCGCGCCACGCACCGCGCCCGCGCCGGGCCGCCGCACACCUGCCCGCUCUGCCCACGCCGCUUCCAAGACCCAGCGGAGCUGGCGCAGCACGUGCGCCUCCACUAAGCUCGAGACCUGGCUUGAGCUGCCCUGCCCCUCUCAGGGCCACGAAGUCUGACCCACACAGCGUCACUCACUCCCACACACACUCCCUGGCUCCGCUGAGGUUACUGCCUUACCCUGGGCCUCAGUUUCCCCACCUUCCAAAAGGAGGAGCAUCAUUCCUUCCUUACCCCCUUUCUAGCUGUGUGAUGUAGACCAAAGUCGUUGCCCCUCCCUGGGCCUGGGAACCAGUCGGAACUGGGUUCCGGUCCAGUUGUGCUAUGUGAGCCUUUGCAAGUGACAUGACCUCUCUAAACCUUGGUUUUCUGCUCUCUGGAGCGGUGAACCGGUGGUUGUCUGUGGGGAAGAGAUGAUAAAGAGCACGGGCACCGUCUGGUUCAUUUCUGUAUCUACCCCCCUUCCGCCCAUGCCCCCUACCCUUUGCUCAAUAAACAUUCCGCACUUCA